GGAGCAGUUCGUGGCUAGGUUUUGGGCUGCAGUCUGGGUCUGAAGGCGGCCGGAGCGGCUGUCUCGGGUAAGAUGAGGCUCCUGCUGCUUCUGCUGGUGGCGGCGUCGGCGGUGGUCCGCAGCGAGGCCUCUGCCAACCUGGGCGGCGUGCCCAGCAAGAGAUUAAAGAUGCAGUACGCCACGGGGCCGCUGCUCAAGUUCCAGAUUUGUGUAUCCUGAGGGUACAGGCGGGUGUUUGAGGAGUACAUGCGGGUUAUUAGCCAGCGGUAUCCAGACAUCCGCAUUGAAGGAGAGAAUUAUCUCCCUCAACCAAUUUAUAGACACAUAGCAUCUUUCCUGUCAGUCUUCAAACUAGUAUUAAUAGGCUUAAUAAUUGUUGGCAAAGAUCCUUUUGCUUUUUUCGGCAUGCAAGCUCCUAGCAUCUGGCAGUGGGGCCAAGAAAAUAAGGUUUAUGCAUGUAUGAUGGUUUUCUUCCUGAGCAACAUGAUUGAGAACCAGUGUAUGUCAACAGGUGCAUUUGAGAUAACUUUAAAUGAUGUUCCAGUGUGGUCUAAGCUGGAAUCUGGACAUCUUCCAUCCAUGCAACAACUUGUUCAAAUUCUUGACAAUGAAAUGAAACUCAAUGUGCAUAUGGAUUCAAUCCCACAUUUUCACCUAUUUACCCAGCUCUAUAAUUCCCAUUCACAUGACCCUUCAUCCUCAGGAGACAGGGGAGUUCAUUUCCUGUUGUUGAGGACUGUGUCUGUCUCCCACCACCGAGCACAGCCUGCAGCCGAGGCGGCACUCUUCCGUCGUCUCUUACGGUCCCUGUUGCAGUUAUUGUUACGUGUCAUAGAGUAA